AUGUCACUGAGGUGCAAACGGCGUGGGAUAUCAGCCAGAUACCUGCAACCUCAGAGCUACCCGGUGGGUGUCCUCGGUACAACACUAAGUGGUCGGAGGUCCACACUCGCCGAGCCACCACAAGGUCCCGAUGUCUUGAUAAUGGUGCAAUUAGCAUUAGAGGACCCAAGUCCUAUCACCUGCGCACCUUCCACACAGCCGCAAAGGUGCGCUGGAGUCUUCCGCGACAACCUGGGCGUGGUCGGUAUCGUGGCGUCCAGCGCGCAAGAUUCAAGAUUCUUUGCAAAGCCCGCGUGUGCCAUGAACCUCCAUGAACGCGGAUAUACAAAUUUCACGGUAGAGAGAACAUCGUCGUAUGUUGAUAAGAAGAUAAUCGUGCUCUGUCUAGAACUAGUCGAAACGCAGGGAAUAUACGCCGUUUACCCCAGUCAGGUUUCGAUUUCUGUCUUUAUCACUGCAGACGUCAAUGAGAUGAUCUUCAGAGCAUCUUCUAACUUGCAGUCGAUGUCAAGGACACUUAUUUGGAACUGGACCCUCGACGGGUGCUGGCAUGCCUGUUUGGAGAAGGCUGGCGCGCCUCUGAAUUUGCCUCAUUUCCGUAUAAAAUCUGCCAAGGGGCCUGGCGAAGCAGAAGACACCGCCAAAUUUGUUUUCCCCACUGUCUGCCAUGCAGUACGCGAUAAAGAAGCUCGACUCUGUCGUCGACGCAUGGGCAUACACAUCGCGGGAGAUGGUACUACAGCCAACUCCACCCUCGCAGUCCUCCAGAGUCCUCCCACACCCCCUCAGCAUCUCCCCACGCCCAACUGCAUCCACCACUACCUCAUGCCCACCCUCCAGCAUCUUGCUACCUUGCCGCCACCUUCUAUGAGAUAA